AUGGCUGCUGCAUGGUGGAUUAUUUUUGAGGAAGAAGAAUAUCAAAGAGAAGAAAAUCCAGAAAAUCCUGUACGAAUAAUGCGUAAAAUUUUAAGAGAUACUCAAGAUCCAUUUGACAUUCCAGAAAAAACGUUUCAAAAAUUAUACAGGUUAUCUCGAGAGGCAGCAAUGAGACUGUGCCAUGAUUUAUUGCCACAUAUACCUGAAGGAAGGAGACAUACAGCGAUACCCCGUGAAUUAAAGGUCUUUGCAACUUUAAGUUUUUUGGCCUCAGGGUCUUAUCAACGUCGCAUUGGCCAAGAUUUUUUAACUUGCAUGUGCCAAGCAUCAAUAUCUGCAGCAAUUCAUGUUGUUGUGGAGGCACUUAAUCAAAUAAUGAGGCAUUGGAUUAAAUUUCCUCAACUACAUCAUGAACUGGAACAUAUUAAAGAGCAAUUUUGGACUCAUUGUGGGUUUCCUGGUGCAAUAGGUGCUGUUGAUGGCACACAUGUCGCUAUUUGGCCUCCAGAAAAGGAACGAGAACAUUUAUAUAUUAACCGAAAAUUAUAACAUUCGUUAAAUGUUUUGGUAGUUUCUGAUUAUUAUGAAAAAAUAUUAAGUGUAAAUAGUGGACAUGGGGGAAGAACGCAUGAUGCACGCGUAUGGAAUGCUUCAAUUGUUUCAGUACAUUUAGAGCAACAAUAUAAUAAUGGACGAAGAAAUAGUUGGUUGUUAGGAGACUCAGGUUACCCUUUGUUACCUUAUUUAUUGACGCCAAAAUUAGGUCAACCUGAAGAAUCACCUUCUGGUCGUUACACUAAUGCUCACGUAAGAGCACGCUCAAGUGUUGAACGAACUAUUGGAAUCUUGAAGGGACGAUGGAGGUGUUUGAGAAAGGAAAGAGGACUCCAUUAUUCACCAGAAUUUUCUGCACUCAUUAUCAAUGCUUGUUGCGUACUUCACAACGUGGCGAAAUUCUACAACGUUCCUGAACCUGAAGUAUAUUAUGAUAAUUUUGAUAUAGAAGGAAAUGGAAUAUGGCGCAAUGAGAAUAGAAAUGGUCACGACAUUCGAGAAAGUAUCAUAUAUUUGUAUUUUAAUUAAGUAUAUAUUUGUAAUACAAAUUGACAUUUUAUUUCAGUCAUUUCCAAAUAUCCUAAUCUUAUAAUAAAUUUUACUAUAUUUA